GAGGGAGGGAGGGAGGGGAGUCCCGUCCCUGUCCCCGCCCCUAUAAAACCUCCGAAUCCUUGCGCGUCUCCACGGUCCCAUAUCCCACCGUCGUCGUCCGUCCUGCUGGUAGGCAUGGAGCUGGGGCUGAGCUUGGGGGAGGCCAUGGCGGACGCCGGCCGGGAGCUGGUUCUGGGGCUCGGGGUCGGGGUCGGGGUCGGCCCGGGGGCGGCGAGGGAGGGCGAGGGGAGGAGGGAUCACGAUGUCGCCGCCGCCGCCAGGGGUGGGCUCGCGUUGGGGUGCGGCUCGUCGCCGGAGCCGGCCAUGCGGCUCGCGCUCCUGCCCAUGGUGCCCAGCCUCGGCUUCCCGUGGCCGUCCGAGAGCAGGCAUUUGGAGGCGUCGACGCGGGGGUUCGACGUGAACCAGGCGCCGUCGUCCGGGGGCUCGGCCUGGGGCGCCUGCGCGGCGGCGGAGGAGGAGCAGGAGGACACCGCCGCGGCGGCGCGGGCGGCCGUGUCGUCCUCGCCCAACGACAGCGGGGGCUCCUUCCCGAUGGACUUCUCCGCGCGCGGCGCCAGCGACGCCGCCCCGGGCGCCGGCGGCUCGCGCGGCAGCGACGAGGACGACGGCGGCUCGGCGCGCAAGAAGCUGCGCCUCUCCAAGGAGCAGGCCGCGUUCCUGGAGGAGAGCUUCAAGGAGCACAGCACCCUCAACCCCAGGCAGAAGGUGGCGCUGGCGAAGCAGCUCAACCUCCGGCCGCGCCAGGUGGAGGUGUGGUUCCAGAACCGCAGGGCCAGGACGAAGCUGAAGCAGACGGAGGUGGACUGCGAGUACCUGAAGCGCUGCUGCGAGACGCUGACGGAGGAGAACCGGCGGCUGCAGAAGGAGCUGGCGGAGCUGCGCGCGCUCAAGACGGUGCACCCCUUCUACAUGCACCUCCCGGCGACCACCCUCUCCAUGUGCCCCUCCUGCGAGCGCGUCGCCUCCAACUCCGCCCCGGCCUCCGCGGCGGCCCCCUCGCCCGCCUCAGGCGCCGGCAUUGCUUCGCCGGCGGCCGCUCCGGAGCAGCACAGGCCCUCGUCGUUCGCCGCGCUGUUCUCGUCGGCCAGGAGCUUCCCGCUGGCCGCCCCGCAGCCCCAGCCUCCAUUGCCGGCGCCGUCGAGCUCGUGACUUGGCCGGCCGGCGAAGGGAGGGAGGGCCUGCUUGUAAAUACGCCCGCCUUAAUAUUUCCGCUCCUCGUGUCGGGAUUUUUUUGUGGCUCGCCAUUCGCCGAGGGCGGGGUCCGUGAGAAACGAGAGCCCCAGCCCGAGUGGAACCGCGUCUGCCGUCAGAUUUGCUGCCCGGACGGCCCGGAUGCUUAAAGGAAAAUUGUUGCAUCAGAGUUCGCUGUUAGCCUCGAUCAA